AUGGAGGUCCCAGAUUCAAUCUGCGUCGGCAUUGAGCUGGAGUUUAUGGUUGCACUGCAGAUCCUUGACUCCGACUCUGUGGUUGGCGAGACUCGAUGGGUUUGUCCUUCGUCGCCAGGGACUUAUAUGGGCCUCGUGAUGGAAGACUACACAGAGAUUAAGCCCCUGGUCAUUCAUAAGGUAUGCGACAUGAUCGCCAGCGCUGGUGUUGCUGUGUCGUGCGACGUCUUUCAGCCUCAGUCUUUCAGCCCUGCCCUGCCCCCCGACACAUCAGUUCUUCCGCUCACUAAAAGCAGCGGACAAGUUCGAGUAUGGAAUAAGGGCAAGAUGGACGCGGAUGCGGCUGGACCAAUCCGCAAGGCCGACACCUGGUUCGUUGUUCCCGAGGUCCAUAUUACCAGAGACUGCGUUAGUAAGUCUGGAAAGACACCUUCUGACAAAUACGACUGGUUUGGAACUGAACUCAACAGCCCAAUCCUCACUCGUCCUGAAGAGUUCAGAAAGGGGCUACCUACCCUCCGAAAGUGCCUCAAGGCAGUGCAGGGAAAUACGGUAGUUGGACUCAAUUCUGGUUGCGGGUUGCACUUACACGUCAAUGACGCCGGCAACAUGACGCUCCAGACAGCCCAGCGUGUCUCUACUUUGGUUUGGUUGCUCGAGGACACUCUGCUGUAUCCUCUCUGUCAUCCAUUCCGCUCCACAUCUCCCUAUUCGGCACGCAUCAGUGUCGAAUCCAAACUCGCCAAGGAAUCCGGUGAGCCAAAAGUCCGGGGCGAGGGUGCAGCGUUUGUUAGAGCUCUCGACGAGCUCAUGUUGCAGCUGAGCUGGCGCAAGAAGGUUGACAAACGCCUUCUUGGAGCCAUGCGACGUCUUUGGGCGGAACCAAGCCUCGCUAGUCUCGAUGUAGGACUUCGCAAAUUCGACGAGGGCAUGGAGCACACAACGACUCGAUGUGCGCUUGUGGUAUCCAAGUACAACACUCUGGAAUUCCGAUACCCUGAGUCGACGUUUGACGUUGACUUCAUCUCUGGCUGGGCUGACCUGGUGCGACAUUUGUACGCUGUUGCAAUGAAGCCUCAGGCUGAGUUCCUACAGAUCGUCCGUCGCGUGUACGAGCUCAUGACUCGUGAUCAGGUGCCCGGAUGGUUAGUCAUGAUGGGUGCGAUUGAUUUCCCUCAGGAUGCCAGUCGCUGGCGACGUCUGAAAAAGUACGUUGGAAGCCUGAGUAACCUUGACAAGCAAGGUGUUCUCCCCAAGACGGGCGUCAUUGGACUCUGA